GGUGGUAUCGGCCGCGCCAACAUUGAAAGUUUCUGUGAAAGUGGACACUUACCACCGUUAAUAUUUAAACCUCUGAGACACGAAAAACACCGUUUCCCUCCCUCACAAAGAGCUGCAGACACGAUCCCUCAGGUCCUCGCGCUCUGUAACCCACUGAACGCAUGACUUUACUGGGGUGGUGAUGUUGGGAAACCAGGCCUGUCUCAGCUGUGGUUCCCAGAAGAGUGUAAACAGCCAGUGUUUCACAAGAGGGAGAAGGAAGUUGAGGCCUUCUGAUGAAUCAGAUGUGCCUUCCUGUAGCCUGGUGGCUUUGAAAUGAAUCAGCAGCUUGAGUCCGGAGCAGGGUCAGCGGACUGUGGGCUUCUGUCAGAUCACAGCUGGACGAGUUGGACUGACAUCGUGAAGUGGAUCAUAAAGACUGUUGUGUUUGCCGGGGAUCUACCCGACCCGCUUGCUGGAUUAAGAGCUCCCAUCAGCUGCACCGAGGCUGACCGGUAACCCCGAUCUUCAACCUAACCCCCCCCCCUUCUGGGUCACCACUGAGCUAAUAGAGGUGGUCUGGCCUGGUCCAGUGUGGAAUUUGCCCCCGACUGACCCCGUCCCACAAGUAGCCUUUCACUGAGCCCGGACCGGGGGAAAAGAAGCAAGGAUAAAAGAGCAAGAGGGGCGACGGAGAAGAAAGGAGGAAGAAGAGGAGAGAAGUGAGAGCAGCAGCACAGCGACCGCUCUUCCACGAUGCCGGUGGAGACCCUGCGGCCAUCAGACGGCCGUCUGGCCGGGGUUCCCUUCACCUCUGCCAUGCCCUUCAGGAUACUUAACAAGGGUCCAGACUACUUCCGUCGUCAGGCCGAGCCCGGGGCCCGUAAACUGAGCGCUGUAGAGCGCCUGGAGGCUGACAAGGCCAAGUACGUAAAGAGCCAGCAGGUAGCCCUCAACCGGCAGGCUCCCAUCAAACCGCCAAUCAUCCGCAAGCCUCUCGUUCCUCCGGGGAUGAUGCUCCAGAACCAGAUCAGCACUCCUCCAGCCCGCAAAGUUCCCCGCUGCCCGGCUGAUGUGGAGAAUGGCGGAGGCAGAGAGGGUCCUGGACGGAGGAGACCUGCUCUGAAUUUGGACAUUCUGAAUAAUCUUAUCAAUGAUGUAUGUGAUGGACCAAUGCCGUGUUCGCAGUCCUCCUCCUCCACGUCGCCCUCCUCAUCAUCUCCUUCAUCAGGAGCUAAGAGCAUCGGCAGCAGCCUGUCAGCAGAACAGGAGAGGAGCAGCCGACUCCUCAACAGCCCCAAACCAUUAAACCACGGCAUUAUCAACUCCUCUUCCACCUCCUCCUGCACCUCCUCUCCACUCAACAACCUCCGAACCCCUGCAGCAGAUCCCACCCGGCGGCCGCCCCCUGUCCCAGCACGAGCACCCCGCAUUGGAGUUCCAGCACCCUACAGCUCCCCCAACUCCGUGACAGUACGCAGGGUGGACGUUCGUCCUCAGGCUGAGAUCAGGAAGCCUCAGAGGGCCCAGCUGCAGCCCCAGCUCCGGCCCAGACAGACUGCCCAGGGCCAAGUCGCACACCCCCAGGUCCCUCCACCUCCACCUCCUCAGUCCUCACCCCACACGCAGCUCAACAACCCAUCCCAAACCCUACCCCCAUCUCCAGCUUACCCUCCACCCAGUCCCAUGCUGGUCCGGACGGGCAUGAUCCCACCAGCCUCCCCUGCUUUCACCCGUAUAUCAAACGCCAGUUCAAAGGGGUCGGCCCGUAAGCACCCAUCCCUGCACCGCUCCAAGUCGGACUUGAGCGACCGCUACUCCCGCGCAACGGCGGACAUGGAGCGCUUCUUUAACUACUGCGGGCUGGACCCGGAGGAGGUGGAGGGCAUGGGCGGAGUAGAACGUUUCACAAGAGCCAACUCGGACAUUGUGUCCAUCUCCAAGCUCCGCAGCGUCAGUACACCGAGCUCAGAGGCCGACCGAGCAAGAGAGGACGGAGGAGACGAGGAUAACGAAGACGGGCCGGCAGCGGCCAACGAUCGCGUCCCCUACGGCAUCUCGGUCAUCGAGAGGAACGCUCGAGUCAUCAAGUGGCUAUACGGCAUACGUCAGGCUCGAGACACUAAUAACGGCGUCUCUAAUGUAUAGACUAACGAGGACUUGAAAAGACUUGAAAGAAAAAAACAGGGAAGCAGAACUUUUUGUAUGUAUACAUAAUGUCUGAAGAAGGGAAGCCCAUGUGUUCAUAUUCUGCUGCCUUACAUCACAUUAAGGAUAAUCCAGUAGUUGUUUUACUGUUUCCUGUGAAGACUCUUGACACUUGUUUUGGAUGUUGCACAUCAGUGACUUUUAUCUGGGCUGCAAGUCAGGACUGCUUCCCUGCAACACUCAAAGGACGAUACAUUUCCCCUUUCCCCAAUCUUGUAUAACUAUAUCGGUAUACGAAAGCAAUAAUAGACUUGGUAUAAAUGAUGUCGGUGAGGAUGAAGGCAGAGGAUGAGUGCGAUUGUGGUUCCUCGUG